GCCCGAAGUGAUCCCCGAGGCUUCUUUUCACGUCCAAAUUGCAAAGGAAACACGCCAUGUUUCGCCAUUCAUCCUCUGCCUCGUCGGUGGGUUCCUACGGCAGCGACGUCAGCUUCAUGCACCACCCGGCGGCGAGCCUCUCCAGCGGCGCCGCCGUCCCGACGCAGAUCCCUCGCGUCGCCGGCGGCUACCUCGACGGCGGCAAUGUUAGUGGCGCGUUCCCUCCCUUCGGCGCCGCGUCGUCGUCGCCCCCGUCCUACUCCUCGUCGCUCCCUUCGUCCUACUACAACAACAUCCAGAGGAGCAUCAGCUCUCACUCCCUCCCGCAUCACCUCCAGCUCACCGACCACCUCGGCGCCGGCGGCAGCGCAUUCUUCUCGUCGCCGUCGUCUCACCAGCUGCCUCUGCCGCCGCCGCUCUCCUCCUCGCCGUCCUCCUCCUCCGGUGACCUCUUCGAGUUCACCUCGCCAUGCCCCGUCCGCCGCGUCUUCAGCACCGGCGACCUCCAGGGGAUGAAUGGAUCGUCGCCGCCACGGCCGCUCCCGUCCGGCGAGAGCUGCGGCCAAGACGGCGGCGGGCCAUUCUCGCAGAAGGUCGGGCGAUACAGCGCCGAGGAGAGGAAGGAGAGGAUCGAGAGGUACCGCGUAAAGCGGCACCAGAGGAACUUCAACAAGAAGAUCACUUACGCGUGCAGGAAGACGCUGGCCGACAGCCGGCCCAGGGUGAAGGGCCGGUUCGCGAGGAACGGCGAGGCCGAGGCGGAUGGCGACGAUCGCGAGGCGUUCGACGGCAGCUACGGCUACUCCGCCGCCGGCUACAGCGACUACCGCAGCAGCAGCACCAGCGUCAACAGCUACUACCAGCACCACAACAAGGACGGCGCCGCGACGGCGGCUUCGUCGUCGUUCGUCGGAGGCAGCGAGAAUGGCGAGUGGUGGUGGCGGGCCCCGGGUGCCACCACCGCCGAGGCGGAGCGGCAGCGGCAGGCCGGCUUCGACGUCGACGAGGAGCUCUGGGCUACCCUCGGCGACAUGCUGUCCGUGAACCUCGCCUCGUAACCGUCGUCUCCGUCGGCGGCUGCCGAUCAGGGGACGGGAGCUGGAGAUCUACCGGCGGAGGCGCCCGUUGGUGGUCGGUGGGGUCCGGUGUUCGAGCACGAGCACUAAGCUCAGGGUGGCGGGCGCGCGGGCGACCGGUGCGCAGCAGGCAGCAGCCGUGGCGCGCCAGUGUGCCGCGAGCCCGCGAGAAGUCAGGUCAGAGUGGCGUCGUUGACCUUUCCCUUGUGUGUGUAUUAUUGUAACUUUCGCCAGAAACAUCAUGAAAGCCGGGAAAAAAAAUUUUAAAAAGGAGGACAAAAAGAAGCCUUCUCG